AAAAAAAAGAAGAAGCAGCAGGAGAAGAAGAAGACGAAGAGCAGGCCGGGAAUCUCCAGCGAUAGGAAUCAUCUUAGCCGGUGGACUCUGCCCAUGACUCCCGCUCUUGUCUUGCUGUAAACGGCCUCUAUAACAGCCCCUCACCUGGAAGCAUCGGACAGCAGCGGCGGAGCUCAGAGCUGCGGCUUCUGGGAGCUGUGGGGCGCGCGCACGGCUAACCGAGCUAGCUACUGGAGAUCAGCGUGAAGAGAGCACGCACACACAUACACACACGGUUGCUGCGGGAUCGGAAACUCCUCUGAACGCCAACAUGGCGGCCAAAUCUGGAGAUGAACGUCUGAAGGAAAUGGAGGCUGAGAUGGCGCUUUUUGAGCAGGAGGUUCUUGGUGGACCAGUACCGCUGUCAGGAAGCCCCCACGUCAUGGAGCAAGUUCCGGUGGCUUUGGCCGUCUCAGCCGUUCCUAUGGUGCGGCCCAUUAUCGGCACCAACACUUACAGACAGGUCCAGCAGACGCUAGAGGCCCAAGCUGCAAGCUUUGUAGGUCCUCCUCCACCCACCUUCAUGGCACCAGGUCCACCGUCUCGUCCUCCUCCCCCCAUUUUGAGACCGGCUUUCGUCCCACACAUCCUGCAGCGUCCUGGUGGACAAAGGCUGCCAAUGAUGCGUGGACCCCCAGUCGCGCCCCCUUUGCCCCGGCCUCCUCCCCCGCCCCCCAUGAUGAUGCCUCCUCCGCUGCAGGGUCCCAUCCUUCAGGGACCUUCUCAGUCUCUUCAGCACAUGGGUGCAGCUCCUCAGGUUCCUGACAUGGUAUCUAUGGCUCCAUCUCCAAGAUCAAUGGCUCCACUCUCCAUGAAACCUUCACCAUCCGUCAUCCAGGCAGCUCCAACGGUUUACUCGGCUCCUCCUGUCACGCUGGGUCAUAAGAAGGUCGACGCCCGCACCCAGAGGCAGGCCAGAAUGGAAGAGCUGGCAGCGCGGGUUGCAGAACAGCAGGCAGUUGUGACGGCAGCAGGUCUACUUGACAGGAAGGACAGUGACGACAGCAACACAGUGAUCGGUCCCAGCAUGCCAGAGCCUGAGCCCCCCCACCCUGAGCCGGUGGAAAGCGUUACAGAGGACAAAAAGAAAGGAAAGUCGGAGAAGGUGAAGAAGUGCAUCCGAACUGCAGCAGGAACCACCUGGGAGGACCAGAGUCUUUUGGAGUGGGAAUCAGACGACUUCCGCAUUUUCUGUGGAGAUCUUGGGAACGAGGUGAACGAUGACAUCCUGGCCAGAGCCUUCAGCAGAUACCCGUCUUUCCUCAAAGCCAAGGUGGUCAGAGACAAACGCACUGGAAAAACCAAAGGAUACGGCUUUGUGAGCUUCAAAGAUCCCAACGACUACGUCCGUGCCAUGAGGGAGAUGAACGGGAAGUACGUGGGCAGCCGGCCCAUCAAGCUGAGGAAGAGCAUGUGGAGGGACCGCAACAUCGAUGUGGUGCGCAAAAAACAGAAGGAGAAGAAGAAACUGGGCCUCAGAUAGGCUGGGUGUGGGGAUGUCACCAGCACACGUCCCUGAGUUUCUGUUCACAUUUGUUUGUUUUACCUCAAUAAAGCGUCAUCUUUACCUCGGA